AUGACGAAAGCUGAGCUAAUCUUCAUUCCUGCACCAGGUAUAGGCCAUCUGGUAUCAACAGUAGAGGUGGCUAAGCUUCUUGUAGACCGUGAUGAGAGGCUUUCAAUCACCUUCCUCAUCAUGAGGGUACGUUUUGAUUCCAAGAUUGAUAGCUACAUUGAUUCAGUGAGUGCAGCUUGCAAACGUAUGCAAUUCAUUGACUUGCCUAAAGAUGAGCCUGAUCCAAACCAAUCCAACAGGUUUCUUUUUCAAUUGAUUGAAGCCCAGAAACCCCAUGUCAAAGAAGAAGUCUCUAAGCUUGUGAGUCACUACGAGCUAAGCCAUGACUCGCCUAGACUUGCUGGGUUUGUUCUUGAUAUGUUUUGUAUAUCGAUGAUAGAUGUGGCCAAUGAAUUUGGUGUUCCCUCUUAUAUUUUCUACACAUCAGGUGCAGCUUUUCUUGGUCUUAAGUUUUAUAUCCAGGCUCUUCAUGAUGAGCAGAAAGUUGACCCUACGGAGUUCAAGGACUCGGAUGCCGAGUUGGUCAUGCCGUGUCUAACGAAUCCACUUCCUGCUAAGGUCUUGCCUUCUGUUAUGCUUAACAAAGAGUGGCUGCCUGCUGUCCUUGGUAACAUCAGAAGGUUUAGGGAAACUAAGGGUAUUAUUGUAAAUACAUUUGAAGAGUUGGAAUCCCAUGCUCUGAGUUCCUUUUCUAAUGGUAAUACUCCUCCGGUGUAUCCCGUGGGUCCCAUUUUGAACCUUAAUACAGAUGGUGAUCACGAUACAGGAUGUGAUAAAAGCAGCAAAUACAAAGACAUCAAACAAUGGCUUGACUUUCAACCUCUUUCCUCUGUAGUGUAUUUAUGUUUUGGUAGCAUGGGAAGUUUCGAAGUGGAUCAGGUAAGAGAAAUUGCAUGUGCGCUAGAGCAGAGUGGGCACCGAUUCUUGUGGUCUUUACGUCAACCACCACCUCAGGGUAAGAUGGAAGCUCCAACUGAUUAUGUGAAUCUUCAAGAAGCCUUGCCUGAAGGAUUCUUGUAUCGAACUAUGGAGAUUGGAAAAGUUAUUGGAUGGGCUCCACAAAUAGAUAUUUUGGCUCAUCCAUCAGUGGGAGGAUUUGUGUCACAUUGUGGAUGGAACUCUACAUUGGAAAGCAUAUGGUUUGGUGUUCCGAUUGCCGCAUGGCCAUUAUAUGCAGAGCAACAAUUCAAUGCUUUCCAAAUGAUUGUGGAAUUAGGAUUGGCAGUGGAAAUUAAAAUGGAUUACAGAAAGGAACUUCUCAAUACUGAUGGUAAUAAAAAUAUUGUUACUAGUGCAGAAAUAGAGAGAGGAAUAAGGUGUUUAAUGGAGCUUGAUGAUGAGAAAAGGAAGAAGUUAAAGAAAAUGAGUGAAAAGAGUAGAAAGGCUUUGAUAAACGAUGGAUCUUCGUAUAAUUGGUUAGGUCGAUUGAUUCAAGACAUGCUGGGCGACAUGCCAUGA